CUUUCUCCCUCGCAAAGUACGCGUCGGCGUCCGCGGCGGCGGCGGCAGCGGCAGGGGCGGAGCAUCUCCGGUGGCCCACCGUCUCACCCGACAGAACAAUGAGGAGGUAUAGCCCACCAUAUCGCAGUCCCCCAAGGAGGGGAUAUGGUGGCAGGGGAAGAAGUCCCCCUAGGAGGGGAUAUGGAGGUCGGAAGGAGCAGGGUUCUGGCAGUCUCUUGGUCCGCAACAUUCCUUUAAGCUGCAGAGCGGAGGAUCUUCGAGUUCCUUUUGAAAGGUUUGGACCCGUUCGAGAUGUUUACCUGCCAAAGGAUUAUUACACCGGGGAGCCGCGGGGUUUUGCAUUUGUGGAGUUUGUUGACCCAUAUGAUGCUUCUGAGGCCCAAUAUCACAUGAAUCGCCAGGUGUUUUUUGGUCGGGAGAUAACUGUUGUUCUUGCUGCUGAGUCACGGAAAAGGCCAGAAGAGAUGCGAAGUAGAGCUAGAGUCAGAGGUUACUCUGGCAAUGAAGGUCGUCGUUCAGGGCAUUAUGGGAGGUCUCGUUCACGUUCUCGCUCUCCCCGCUAUCGUGGUCGUCCACGGUCAAGGUCGUACUCUCCUGCUCCAAGACGGCGAGAGGACUAUUCCGCAUCCCCAGAGAGAAAAGACACACAUCGUGCAAAAUCUCCUAGGCGUCAGCCAAAAGAACAUGAAGAAGACAAGAAGCGGAGAUCCUAUUCUCCUGGUAGUAGGGAUGGGGACCCACGUGAUGCUGAUAAUGGUUUCGAGAAAAGGUCGCCCCCAGCUGACAGCGAUGGAUCCCCUCCGCAUCGGAGGUCCCCUAGGCAAUCCUCAGGAUCGCCUCCAGGGUCCCGCUCCAGGUCUGCCGAUGCGUCUCCUGCCAGGAGUGACUGACAGAAGUCACAGAACAACGCUCUGCACUGGGCUACAAUCUCCUCUAGCUUGUUGGUCGGACUGAACCAGUAGUUCAAGUAAAAACCCCUCCGGGGCUUUGUCGUAAACCUGUAAUGUUAGCAUCUGUGGUGGUUUGGUAUCGAGGACAUGCUUGUCACCAUUGUGUGUGCUUUCUUAAGUGCGGCCAUGGUGGAGACUUCUUGAUCGAGUCGUGUGUGCGGUGAAACCUUAGAAUUGCUUUGUGGCAUGAUAUUGUGUUGUUAACUUUACCAUAUCAAUCUUAUGUACUGUGCUCGUGGACAGUGUUGAUGACUAAGCCAUGUUCGACAACUCUUC